AUGCUGGAAUCGUAUCUCCUCGGCGCCCUCAUUGCCGCAGCCGCGGUCGACGCCGCGCAGUCCGGCGCCGUCAAGCCCGUGGCGGCUCCCAUGCGCGACCUGACCUGGGGGCAGCUCAACUUUCUGCACACUACAGACACGCACGCCUGGCUCUCUGGUCAUUUUCUGGAGCCCUCCUUCUCCGCCGACUGGGGCGACUACAUCUCCUUCUCCCAGCAUAUGCGCAAGCUGGCCGACGACAAGGGCGCCGAUCUCCUCCUCAUCGACACGGGCGACCGAGUCGAGGGCAGCGGCAUCUAUGACGGCUCCGUCCCCAAAGGCAUUUACCUGCACGAAAUCUACGCCCAGCAGAAGGUCGACCUCCUCUCCACCGGCAACCAUGAGCUGUACAAGGCGUAUUCGGUCGACAUGGAACACAACACCACCGUCCCCUACUUCAAAGAAAACUACAUCACGUCCAACCUGGACUAUGUCGAUCCCAAGACGGGCAAGCGCGUGCCCCAGGCCCAGCGAUACCGCAAGUUCAAGACCAAGAACCUCGGCCUCAACAUUGUGGCGUUUGGCUUUCUCUUCGACUUUACUGGUAAUGCCAAUAACAGCAUCGUGCAGCCCGUGGCUGAUACCCUCAAGGAGGACUGGUUCCAAGCGGCCAUCAAGGAGAAGCCCGACCUCUUUGUCGUCAUUGGCCAUGUCGGUGUGCGCAUGCAGGAGUUCAGGGACAUCUUCAAGGCGAUUCGCAAGGAGGACUGGGACACGCCCAUUGCCUUCUUCGGCGGCCAUCUGCACAUUAGAGACGCCGUGAGCUACGACUCCAAGUCGCUGGCCAUCGCGUCUGGCCGCUACCUCGAGACCAUUGGCUGGAUGUCCAUUGACGGCAUUGCCAAGAAGCCCAAGGAAGACGGCGAGCAAGUCGAGGCUCAAAAGGGCGUCUCUUUCAGCCGCAAAUACAUGGACAACAACCUCUACGGAAUGUACUACCACACCGGCCUCAACGAGACCACCUUUCCGACCAAGGAGGGCCAAAAGGUGAGCCAGAUGAUUGAAAAGGCUCGCAAGGCUCUGGACCUUGACCAUCGCUACGGCUGUGCGCCCCGAGACUUGUGGAUGACCAGGGCUCCGUAUCCCGGCAAAGACAGCAUCUACACUUGGCUUGAGGAGGAGGUGCUGCCCAGCGUGGUCGUCAACAAGGACAGGGAGGACAAGCCCCGGCUCGCGAUCAUCAACACAGGAGGCAUCCGCUUCGACAUCUUCAAGGGCCCGUUUACGCGCGACGACACGUUUACCGUGAGCCCGUUCAACAGCGCCUUCCACUAUGUGCCCGAUGUGCCGUACGAAAUCGCCGCCAAGGUGAUCAGCAUCCUCAACAGCCAGACGAAGAUUUUUGUCGACGGGCUUCCAAACACCAGGCAGUUGACCAUUCCCCAGCAAAUGUAUCCCCGACCGAGCUUUGAUGUCUCUGAUGAAAACGGCACGGUUGAAGAUGAUGAGCAUGAGGCCGACAUCGUUGAACAACUUCGUCAUGUCCGUGCUGCGGAUGAUGGCGAGCUCAUCGGCGGCUACACAACCCAGGACGACAUCGGCAAGGACGGAGACGACACCGUCCACAAGCCCAUUGACUUUUACGCCGUGCCCAACUGCAUUCAGGCCGAGGUUGGCUUUUCGGCCGAGGAGAAACCCAAGGCAGUGGACCUUGUCUUUGUCGACUUUCUGGUGCCGUGGAUCAUCCCCGCGCUCAAGUUCAGCGGCGGCGACUACAGCGUCAAGGACGUGGAGCCGUACAUGGAGGGGACGCUGACGAGCAAGCUGGCUGGGUGGAUCAGCGACAACUGGAAGGAUGAGUGCUGA